UUCAAAAUUUAAAAAGUGUAAAAUAUUGUUUUGUCUUGUUAGAUAAAUGUUUCAAAUAAAAUAACACACAUUAACCAUACAUCAUCGGGAAAAUGAAAGCAGAAUGGUCGAAGGCGUUUAUAGUGCGUCCACGCGAUAAUUUGCAGUCACAUGUUUACAUAAAACAGAAGAAAUUCGUACCAUCUUACGAGAAUGAUCCUUGUCCUAUUCCGAUGAACUGGCUCAUGGGCUGGGAGUACGCACGUAUUUGGUUGCGUGAGCGCGAUGAUUAUAUUAGUGCACGCCUGCGCAAAUCCAAAGCAAAAAGAAUUAAAAACGAUUAUACCGCUUGGCUUCUUAAACGACAAGUCAAACCUAAAAAAAUCAGCUAGCAAAUGAUUUAUAUUAGAAACACGAAUCUUAGUGUUGGCAGUUUAUUUUGAUUUAUUUUCAGAUUUCUAAAUUGUUUGUUAAUUUGUUUGAUUUGUAACACAUAGUAUAUUAUUAAUUAGACAUGAUAGCAUGCAGAUGUAUACUUGU